AUGUCUGAUGAGGUCAAGGACACUGACUGGCAUGACAAGAUUGACCCAGAUCAAGCUUGGAGAGGUUCUGGAAGUCAGUUCACCAACAAGGCAGUUGGUGGCACGUUGUAUGAGGGAGAUGUUGAGAAGGAGGCAGAGACUGGGGACUUGUUAUCACAGCAGAUUACAAUGCAGUCACUGCCUGAUGCCCUCAUAUAUGUGCAAUCAUGGCCAGGCAACAACAGUACAAGAUUUGUUGGUGCCAUGUUCACAGUUGCUGCAGGGGCCACUUGUGGCCUACCUAAAUCAUGGAGUGAUCUGCUGGGACAUCCAGAAAUCACAAUCACUUUGGCAAAUCUGUCCUGCUCACAUGCAUCAGCAUAUACUGACAAUCAAGGCUACAGAGGGAGUGCAGUGCUAUCACCAGACAAGACACACAUCUUGAUAUCCAAUCUAAUGACUGGCCUGGACCUGUAUCCUGUGGUCAGUGGAGCUACUGAUGGUGUCAUGGUACAGGUGCUGUGUAGUUUCCAGGGCAGGAAUUACAAUUUCUUGGCAACAUAUGCCACUGGACAUGGCAUGUGCAUGACCAUCAAACUCUGGAAGGCAAAAACAGACACAGAAAUCGAAUGUGCUUUUGGACAGCUUUUCAACUUGGACGAAGCAGAUCAUCCAAGGACUAUUAAGAUUGUUGUGAUCACAUUCAUUCUAGUUCUUGCUUUGAAAGGCACUUGGGCACUUGUUCUUUCUUUAACCCCCAUUACACUCAUAUGGGUCUGA